UUCAGCCACCAGUAAUCGCCUGCGAUGGAUAAACGACACAGAUCUGCCCAAGACCCUUCAAACUUUGGAUUUACGUGCAAAUCCCAUAUCACAAAUUAGGCCGGGCGCAUUAAAAGGCAUGGCGAAGUUAAGGAAAUUGAUCCUCUCCGAUGUACGCUUUCUAAAAAUAUUUCCCGAUUUAGAGGGUAGCUAUUCAUUGGAAAUAUUGAAACUGGAUCGAGCUGGUAUCGUGGAAGUACCAGGAAAUUUAUGCCAUCAAACACCAAGACUGAGAAGUUUAGAGCUAAAAACCAAUUCCAUACGAACCAUUCCCACAUUAGCACAUUGCAGAGAAUUGAGACUGUUAGAUUUAUCAAGCAACCUUAUAGACAAUUUACAAGGACGUCCAUUCCAAGGCUUAAAACAAUUACAUGAUUUAUUAUUAUCAUAUAAUCACAUCAAAACAAUACCUCACGAUGCCUUUCAGGGCAUAGCCAAAUUACAAUUAUUAGACCUAGAAGGUAAUCAAAUAUCGUAUAUCCACAAAGAUGCCUUUGUGGGUUUCUCCUCGCUGGAGGAUUUGAAUUUGGGCAACAACAUCUUUCCCGAACUGCCAUCGAAUGGCCUGCAAAGGCUGUUGCAUCUGAAAACCUUUAAUAAUCCAAAAUUACGUGACUUUCCUUCGCCGGAAACAUUUCCUCGUAUUCAGACGCUAAUAUUGUCCUACGCUUAUCAUUGUUGUCCUUUUAUACCGCUGGUGGCAAUGUCGGCAAGUAAGAAGCCUCCACUGGUGCAGGAGGCUGUACUAUUUCCCUCCGAUGCGGAAUUUGAUAUGAGCCUGUGGAAUAACAGUAUGAUGGAUAUAUGGCCACAAUUGCAUAACUUGAGCAAAAAAUUCGGCACCGAAAUGCAUGAUAUAUGGGAUAAUUUUGGCCAAGAUUUCACCUAUCCCGGCAAUAUACCCACCUAUAUGGAAGAAUAUUUCGAAGAGGAUGGCACGGGAAUAGGUACUGGCACGGGGUCGGGCAACAUGCAAUCGGCCACGGGGACGGCCAGUACCUUUGCCAAUUCGUUUGGAGGUGGUGGCCUCUUUGCCACAAUUGGAUCGGAACAUACUCCGGGUAGCAUACAAUGCCUGCCUAUGCCUGGACCCUUUUUACCCUGUGCCGAUUUAUUUGAUUGGUGGACGCUGCGCUGUGGUGUGUGGGUUGUAUUCCUCUUGGCCCUGUAUUUGGGUAUCCUGGCCAUUGUGGAUGCCUCCACAUUGGGAGAGUUUCGUAUGUUUGCCAUACCCUGGCAAAUGUCGGUAAUGUGUCAAAUUGGUGGCUUCUUGGCGGUGCUGUCGUCGGAACUGUCGGUCUACACCCUGGCGGUGAUUACCUUGGAGCGGAAUUAUGCCAUAACCCAUGCAAUACAUUUGAAUAAACGGCUAUCGCUGAAACAGGCUGCCUAUAUUAUGGCAGUGGGAUGGACUUUUGCCCUGGUCAUGGCCGUGUUGCCACUGGUUGGUGUAUCGGAUUAUCGGAAAUUCGCCGUGUGUCUGCCGUUCGAGACCACCACAGGCAUUGCCAGUUUGAGUUAUGUGAUAGCUUUGAUGUUUAUCAACGGCUGUGCAUUCCUCACCCUGAUGGGCUGUUAUUUGAAAAUGUAUUGGGCGAUACGAGGGUCUCAGGCCUGGAAUACGAAUGAUUCCAGAAUUGCCAAGAGAAUGGCUUUGUUGGUGUUUACGGAUUUUUUAUGUUGGUCUCCGAUUGCUUUCUUUUCGAUAACGGCGAUUUUUGGUCUGCAGUUGAUAUCCCUGGAACAGGCAAAGAUUUUCACGGUCUUCAUACUGCCACUGAAUUCGUGCUGUAACCCCUUUCUCUAUGCGAUUAUGACGAAGCAGUUUAAAAAGGAUUGUGUAAAUCUGUGUAAGCACUUCGAAGAGACAAGGGUGACGAGAAGUGCUGGGGCCAUGGCCCGAGGUAGGGGUAUGACAACGGGAGAGAGAUUACCUAAAGAGUUACCACCCCUACUGCCGGCAGUACAUCCACCGGGAUGCCGAUGUCUGCGCAUGAUGCCCGGCGAGAUGCCCAUUUGGCAUCGUAUCCAAGAAAAGGAAG